AUGGCUUUAAGCGUCUGCUCUAUCGGUCUGGACGACACGGUUUGUAUUGGGGAUACCGAUUACAAGCGCUUGGUAUCAUUCACGCAAGCUGAUUAA